AUGACAGAACAAUCAAAUAUCCUAUCUGAUGAUGAAGAACUAUUGAAUGGUCUAGGAAGUCAAUUAUUAACCCAUCCUUCUUCACAUCCUCAAUACAAUAAUCACAUGGCUCGUCUCACAAAGAGAUGGACCCAAUCCUCCUCCCCCUCUUCAUCAUCUUCAAAUAAAAAGCUACAACUUCCUCAUCCAGAUACAUACAAGGAUGCUGUUCACGUACCCAUAGAUAAAGACGAAUAUACAUCACCAGGCCAACUAUACGCCACAGAUUCAGGGAAACUAUUCCAUGCUGGUAAAAUACUUAUAAUUCUCGUUGGUUUACCAGCAACUUCUAAAACUCUAUUAUCCGUUGCCAUCACAAGAUAUACCAGAUGGUUAGGAGUCAGAACACAAUCGUUCCAUAUCUCCAAAUAUAAAAGAAUGAACGACGACGACGGCGACGACAAAAAUGAUAAUCACAGAAUUCCAUUAGAUUUCCAAUCUGCUUCACCAAAGACCCCCGAGGGUAAGAAAUUUAAAAGAGAUGCAAUAAACAAUGUAAUGAAUGACAUGACUAAAUUCUUCACUGAGACUCAAGGACAAUUAGCCAUAUAUGAUGCUUUAAACAUUUUGAAAUCUGAUAGGAAGGAAUUAAAUGAUCAUUUCAGCUCGAAGAUAGGGGUGAAAGUCGUGUUCAUCGAAUCCAUUAUGAAUGAUAUACAUCUAAUUAAAAGGAACAUUGAAAUUGCCAUUCAAGAUACAGAAUAUAAUCAAAUUGAUAAAGAUGUCGCUGAGAUUGACUACAAGAAAAGAUUGGAAAUUAAUGAACCAUUGUAUGAAACUAUGUCUUCUGAUGAAAAGGUUAGUUAUGUGAAAUAUAUUAAUUUUGGUCAACAAAUUCAUGUUAUUAAUAAUGAAUAUGGGUAUUUGAUUAAUAAGAUUGUAUUCUUUAUGAUGAACUUAAGAGACAAAAAGGGAAGAGUAUAUUUUGCACGUUGUGGAAUAAGUGAUAAAGAUAAAUACGUUGAUGAUGAAUUGUUAAAUGAGGAAGGUUUGAAAUAUUCAAAAAUAUUAACUGAAACAUUAUUGAAAAGAUUAGAAAGUAUUUCUUUACAUACCACAAAUAAAUCAGAGAUAGAUUCUGAUUUACCAUUGGUGGUAUGGACAGCUCCAAGAAAGAGAACUUUUGAUAGUGGGAAAUUCUUUUUAGAGAAAGGGAUCCCGGUAAGAAAAAGAAAUCAAUUGAAGCAAAUGAUUCCAGGCGUAGUGGCUGAUUUAUCAAAUGAAGAAAUUGAAAAAUUAUAUCCAAUGGAGUAUAAAGAAUCAUUAAAGGAUCCUUAUCAUUAUAGGUUUCCAAGAGCAGAAUCUUAUCAUGAUCUUGCGGUAAGAAUGGAAUCAUUGUUAUUGGAAUUAGAACAUACAAAUAAGAAUGUAUUGAUCAUAGCACAUGAAUCCACUAUACGUAUCCUCUAUGGAUAUUUGAUGGCAUGCUCCUGUGUGGAAUUACCAACCUUACAAUUUACAAGAGACAAUAUCAUUGAAGUGUCAUUUAGUCCGUUCUGCAAUAAAGUAACUCAGGUUCCAAUAAAAAUGUGA